AUGACGAUAUCAGAUUCGUUCUGGUCGUUUGCUCGGCUGGCUGAAUCGUGGACGUCGACACCGCCGCCUGCGUCCAAGCCGCGAAGGAGAGCAGCCGUCUUUACGCAGCAGCACAUCGAGACGAUCGGCGGAGGAAGCAAGUCCGCGCUUCGAAACGCGGUGGUGGGCGAUCCACGGCUGCCCGUCGAGCUUAUCGUCCACAUUGUGCUGCUGGCCGCUCACCAUGUGGCGCAGGACGAGCCGGGCACAUCCUCAAAGCAGCUGUUGGAGCUGGCAAGGGUCAGUAGAGCUUGUCAUCGAGCCAUCUAUGCUGCGCUUCUUCUGCCCGAUCUGCGCCUCUAUGGAUUCGAGCAGAUGCGCUCGUUCGCCGUGUCGCUCGACAUGGAUCGCAUCGGCAUCCGAACUAUCGCCCGAACGAGGUUGCGCAGCUUGACUCUGCGCGCACGCAGCCUGGCCUCGCUCGAACACGGGUAUGGACCAGCGCUGUUCGACGCCUCGCAAGCGCAGACACACUUCGAGAAGGAACUGCUUCCCUUUGUGCGCAUCAUCCUCUCGCACUGCCACGCGUUGCAGACGCUGCAUCUGGAGGGCGUUCCGCGCGGACUGCAACGUCAGUUUGCACAGCUUUCCAACAGGUUGGAGCGAUACAGCUGCUUGGUGGGCCACUAUGGCGGAGACCUCGAGCGUGACUUUUGGCUCGCUCAGCGGUGGAGCCGGCUGACGCACUUGCAGCUCCACGGACCUCGGUUCAGGUUUACGCCAACGACGGCGUCGACGCUAGCUGGCUUACCACAGCUCCAGAAGCUCGGACUGAUCGUACCCAUGAUCGUUUCUUCUCCUGUUUCAUCGUCAGUGGCGAGCGCGGACAGCGGUGCGAUCGAACUUGACCUGACGGGGAGCAUCAACCCGCUGCAAGUGCUCAUCGACAGAUGCUCGACAUUGGAAGUGCUGCUUCUGGUGGGGCAUGCAGAGAAGGACUACGUCGGAUACACGGAGAAGUACAGACGCUGGCUGCGUGGACUACGUCGACCUCGUUUAUCUGAUGCGAAGUCGGCGACAAUGCGCUUGGAACUCGUGUCUACUCUUCGCCGCGACGACGAGCUUACAGAUGCGAUGCCGCAAAGAAGGGUGCAUCCGUGCGAAGUGAGUGCAUGGAUGAUGCAACGCGCUCGACACGGCGAGCAGUGGUUCGACGGCCAGGAGCAGCAGAAAGGGGACAGCGGGCUAGACUAUUGGAUAGAAUCGUUCGAGCUGGCAGAGCACCCAUCGACCAUCUCGACGGGAUUGUCGACAACGACAACCUCGGCACUCAUGAGCAGGACGGGCAGCAACACACCCUCGUCGACAACGACGGCUGCUCUUGCUGCUUCUCGAAUGCAGGAGCGCAUGCAGCACCCGUCGAGGGGGUCGGACGAAGCGAUACAGGCGGUCGAUACGCUUUCUGGCGAUGAAGAUGUUAGCUCGGACGAGAUGUAG